AAGUUCAGGGUAAUGGCCCAGAGAGACAUUUGAGAGUCAGGGUAUUCUUAGAAAUGGAGAGGGGGCAUCGGAGGGCCGCAUCUCCGCCGGCACUGUAUGCAGGAUAUCUCCUUUGGAUUCAGUCAUAUUCCUCCCACCUCUCCGACAGCAUUGGCCUGGCAGCGAUCCCCGCCACUGCCUCGCUUUCCCUUCUUCUGUCUCAGAUGCCCACAGUUUGGGGAAGGAGAUUCAAAGUGACGAUUAGUUGCCCAGACUUGGUCAUCUGCAGGUGACUCAGGAAUGUAGCAGAGCUGGGGGAACCGGAGCUCCUCCCUCUAAAGAACAGGAGAAUUCGAAAAGGCCCUAGCACAACCCCAGUCUCUUAGCUAUACCUCCUGGCAUUGAGGACCCAAGAGAGGGUAGCCAAAGAGGUGAGGGGUGCAGCUGGCUGCGGCAGUCAGCAGGCAGGAGCUAGGAGCUGGGUUUCCUCUUUGGCUUGGUAGCUCCCAGCCAGUCUUUAGGGGUUUUGCUCUGACACCAGCCAGGACCAAGCUGUACCGAGAGGCAGGCAUGCCUUUGCCGAGGGUGCCUGCCAGUUAAUCCCUGUGGAAGCAGCUCUGGAACUGAAGUCUCUAGCUGUGGCUGACCUCUGACCUUGGGUAGGCCUGUACCAACUAAAUGGGCUUUUAAACAUGCAGCCUAGAAGACUCCCCAAAUAAAAAUACUGCCUUUUGCACCUACCCACUGUCCCACAUUCUUGGAUCUCAUGGGACACUAUCAAUCACUGGGGCUCCCUAACAACUUUUCCUCUUUUCGAGGUGCAGGGUGAAAAGCAUACUCCAAAAAGUGUCUCCAAUGUGCUCCAUUCUGAUUUGGUGCUUGGGUGGAUGGCUGGUAUAAGAAGUUGUGUCAGGAGCAAGUGUUUGGGGAAAAUCAGACCUAACCUUUUGGAGGUUUCCAUAUCCCAGGGACCUCAGGUUCAGGGACUCAGCGAUGAUUCCCAAAUUCUCUCGCCUCAUUCAACUAAAUGACUGGCUUGCUAAGUGGUGUCAGAUUUAGAACCAAAGGAGAUGUUUACCCUGUUUCCCUGCACAGGCCGGUGAUGGAGCUGCUACACAGCUUCUUAAGGUCCCUGCUGUCUGCCCUGGUCCAACCUCUGCAACAUUUGUUUGCAUGUCUGCGAAAUGAUACCCUGCCAUGAGGAAAUUUCAGAGCGAGGACACCCAGCAUGCCGCCCUUCUGUAGGAAUGCAAAGUUGGGCCUCCUUUUUUUCCUGAUCUGUGCUGGAAGGAGCUUAUUACCUUUGGGGAAGGAUGCCUUUUGGUUAGAAAGAAUUGAAAAUAAGUAAAAUCCUCUGGGAAAAGGCUCAAAGUCAGAAAAUGAGAUACAAGACUUCCUUGGUAAUGAGGAAACGAUUGCGGCUUUACCGAAAUAACCUGAAAGAGUCAGGUAGCAGCUCCGGACACCAUGGCCCCCAGUUCGCCGCCGCUUCCAGCCCCUCGGUAUUCCCAGGCCUUCACGAGCAGCCUCACCAGGCCUCCCACAGCCGUCCUUUGAAUGGACUCCUGCGUCUGGGGCUCCCCGGAGACAUGUACGCAAGGCCUGAGCCCUUCGCGCCAGGGUCCGCGGCCCGCAGCGACGCCCUGGCGGCUGCCGCGGCCCUGCAUGGCUACGGCGGCAUGAACCUGACAGUGAACCUCGCGGCGUCCCACGGCCCUGGCGCCUUCUUCCGCUACAUGCGCCAGCCCAUCAAACAGGAGCUCAUCUGCAAGUGGCUGGCGGCCGACGGCCAUGUGCCCCCACGCCUCUGCUCCAAAACUUUCAGCACUAUGCACGAGCUCGUCACGCAUGUCACCGUGGAGCAUGUCGGCGGCCCGGAGCAGGCCAACCACAUUUGCUUCUGGGAGGAGUGUCCGCGACAGGGCAAGCCCUUCAAAGCCAAAUACAAACUUGUAAAUCACAUCCGCGUGCACACGGGCGAGAAGCCCUUCCCCUGUCCUUUCCCGGGGUGUGGGAAGGUCUUUGCUAGAUCAGAAAAUCUCAAAAUACACAAACGAACUCACACAGGAGAGAAGCCCUUCAGGUGUGAGUUCGAGGGCUGCGAGCGGCGCUUCGCCAACAGCAGCGACCGAAAGAAGCACUCGCACGUGCAUACGAGUGACAAGCCAUACACGUGCAAGGUGCGCGGCUGCGACAAGUGCUACACGCAUCCCAGCUCCCUUCGUAAACACAUGAAAGUGCACGGUCGCUCGCCGCCGCCCAGUUCUGGUUACGACUCGGCUACACCAUCUGCCCUCGUAUCGCCCUCGUCAGACUGCAGCCACGAACCCCCGGUGGCCUCCUCAGCGGCGGUGGCGGUGCGCGGCACAGACCUGAGCGAAUGAUGUCCACCGCGUUGCUCGCAAGGUAAUCUCGCCCUGCGCAGCUGAGCGCCCGCAUCUCGUGCCUGCGACAUCAAAGGGCCCGCACACAAAGCAGUGUUUCUUCGCCACGGUGCAUCUUCAUGGUAAGUUAGGAUUUCUAUGGCAAUGGGCAAGUCGCACUGAAAUCCUGAAAGGCCGAGCCUGGAGCCCGUCCAGGCUUUUCAUUAAGGACAUAAUAUUUACGUCUAACAGGCCUUUUUUCUUGUGUAUACAAGUAUAUAUUUUUGUUUGACGCGGACUAAAUCAUUUUCAUUUAAUUUCCGGUAAACAAAACCCACGCGAAUGGGCACUUGUUCCCGAUCAUAAUAAAAAUGGAUAAUAAUGUGAGGGAAGAAAAGGGCCGCUUGAAUCGCCGCUCAGCCCUCUUUGUUUCUGCUUUCUGCGGUGAUCAGAGGGCGCAUUUGGGUUUGAUGGCGAGUUUCUAAAGGCGAGGAAAUGGUUUGUAAGAGGGGAAAGAAAAGGAGAAAGGUCUAAUCAAGCUCGGGUUGUUCAAAGAGUCGGGUUUUGGGGUUGAAAGUGUGAGUUUGACGGUGCAUCAGCAUGCCGUGUUAGGCUCGCCAUGGAAAUGCGCGCGGGGAGCGGCCGCUUCAAAGGCGGCACACUUCACUGCAGACACUCUAUUAAGAUACAUUUGCGCUGACCUUUGCUUUCACGCCAUUUAAUACUGUCACUGUGCUCUCCAGUAUAUACUUCCUCCCUAGGACCUGCCUCGCCCGAGUUUAGGGGUUCACCCUGCACCCUGAUGUAGGGGGCUUUGGCUCCUGGACGCUUUCAGGAAAGGAAGGAGCCGGACUCCGUGCAUCUUGAUUGCGCCCCAAAGAGGCUCCAGGGUCAGGAGUAAAUGACUUUAGGGCAAACUCAGAAGCUUAACAAAUGAGCAUCCCUAGCUCAGUUUUGUGCAGAGGUCCUCUCUGGAUCUUUAGCAAGAUGUGGGUUUGAAUUUGAUGAAGGAUUGGGGGGAAGAGAGCCACCCUGGGGAAUUCUGGGGAGUUCACACUGUGCCAUAGGGACAUUUCCACUCUGGCUCCCAGUACUGGUCUCUGCCCCUCCGUCCUAAAAGACUCUUGCAACCCCUAAACUUUUUUCUGCCCCAGGACUUGGGUGUGUGGUAUCCUUAGGCCUGGGCUGGCCUUGGGCACGAACUCAAAAGCCCAAGGCCAAGGGGAUAGGGAAGAUGGCAGGAAAGUUAGAAGUCCAUGUUCCCUUAAUUGUCUUGUUGUUUAUUUUAUCCAAGUACCCCAGUGAAUAGGGGAAAAUAAACACGGUGGAAAAAAAAUCAAACAGUGGAGUCUUCUUUAGUGCCAGUCCUUGUGGUUGAAUAAAAAGGAUGGUCCGCUUUCUAUUGAGCUGAGAAAUCUUUGAAGUGGGAGUUAUUAUCUGAGACAUUCCUGCUUGUUGUCCUAACAACGCUGAUGAAACGUAAAAGGUUCUUUGUCAGCGAUUUGUUCUCCUCUCUGUCAAACUCCCUCUACCCCGUUAGUUUCAAACCGUUUCUAAAGAGAUAAAAUCAAACUUCUUUUAAAAAAUAUCCACACACUACACCAAUAGAUAACUUUAGGGAUAAGUCUUGCUAAGGGAAAGACAAAAGCACUGCCUAGCCCUCAGGGUCAGGGCCUGGUGAAGUGUGCAGAUGUUGGGGGACACUUUGCUCCAGCUCUGGGACAUGGGAAAAAGAAUGUAGAGAGGGUGCAGGCAGAGGGUGCAUACCCCAAGUCCAUACUUGUAUGCCUGCUGCUCUCUGCUCUGGCCUGCACUUUAUCAGCCCGAGUUGGAUCACCUGAUUGAGCUUCCUUUGGAGACCCCUCAGGCUCUGAAUUUUCUUGCCUGGGAUUCUUGGAAUCCGAGGCUGCAGUCCAGCAAUUUUUAGUAUUUCCUGCUCCUUCAAAGACAUCUCUGCUAAAAAUAGACCCAUUGUGUGUUUCUUCUCACUAGCAGCAAUCAGCAAGCCCUUUAUGCAUUAACCAAAAGGACAGUGGCUGGAGGGAGAGAGACAUUCUAAUAAUUUCCUGUUGUCUUCAGAAUCUUGGUAAUUGGAGUUGCGAAGGUUUGGUCGACAUGAUAAUGACCAAAAAUGCAUGCUAAAGCUCAUCCUCCCCUCCCCCACCCACACGUGCAGUUCUUAACACUUUAUAUUGUGCCCAGGAAAGAAACUUUCGCCCUUGUUCAGGUCUCCCCAACCUCCUGUUGUGGUUUUAAAGGUGGUUUAAAUCAACAAGGAUGUGCCCAUCCCCCCACCCUGUGUGUGCUGACUAAAUGAUUUGUAAAGAAGUUUCCCCAAGCUGUAACCCAUGCUGUUAUUAUAGUUGCUGCAAAAUGUUGUCUCUUAUAUUGAUUUUAUUUGUUUACUGGAGGUCUCCAUAUGUUUGUUUAUAUCGCUAAUUUAUGGGAAAAUGUAAUGAUUGCAAUGAAUGUGAAUUAUACAGACAGGCAAACAUUUUAUAAUCAUAAUUCACACAUACCACAAAAGCUUGAGUGAAACCCUAGACUAUUUGAUACCUUCUCUACCCACAGUUUGUGAUUUAUCAUCUGUCCCCUUAGCAUCAGUUAAAUUAUGAACUAAUUUGAAAGAAAAAAAAAAGAAGUUGUUAUGUAUUUGACUGGAAGUGAUUGUUGAAUGAAAAAUGAAGUUCAAAGUUGAGGCUCAUAAUCUUAUUGGAAACAUGUAAAUGUAAAUGAAAUAAAACCUGCGAUUCUUUCUCCCUCUAAAGUUCUUUUGUGUACAUGGAGCUCCAUUUUGCUAUUUUAUUUGGAAAUAAAAGACGUGUUGUUUUCCUUCCUCUUUUGAA